UCUGGACAUAUGUGACAACUUCUCUGUCCGUCAGUCAGUUAACGCUCCGCUCACUCUUCUGUCAGGAGUCCCAACCUGAAGAGACUGAAGUAAGGAUGGCAGUUUGGGACAAAAAGAUUCUCUGGGCCGUCAUGUUGGUCCUGACAGGUGCUCUGGGUCAAAGAGUGAACUAUCCAGAUCCUGUUUUGAACUAUCCAGAUCCUGUUUGUGGUGUAAAAGGAUCGACCGUCCUCCUCCCCUGCUCCUUCACACCACUGAAGUCUCUCUAUGACAAUAGAAGAAAAGUUUGGAUCAAGAUCAAGAUCAUCAGAGUCAUCUGGUGCCAGAACCAUUCAACCUGUUUCAGAUCGUCUCCAUAUGUGUACGACAGUGAAUCAAACAACAACAACCCUCGUUACAGAUACCUGGGAGACAAGAAGGGAAAAUGCACUUUACAGAUCUCAGAUUUACAGAAGGAAGACGACGCAACUUUUCGCUUCAGAAUGGAAGCUAAUAAUGUCAGAGGACAUUUUACUGACCAAUCAGGAGUGAGAGUCUCAGUCGUAGAUCAGAUGAAGAUAAGAAGCUCCAGAGAUGACGGAGAGUUUAAAAGAGGAGAAGCAGUCACACUGAACUGUUCUGCUGCAAUCUGCACUAUCCACCAACUGGAGGUCACCUGGUUCAGAGAUGGCCACGCCCUCUCAGAAUCUGGCCCCGCCCUCCAUCUCAGCAAUCUGACUGCAAAGGAUUGUGGGAACUACACCUGUGGUUUGAAGAACAACCGCACCCUCUCAGUGCCGUACAGCCUGCAUGUGGAAGAUCAGAUGAAGAUAAGAAGCUCCAGAGAUGAUGGAGAGUUUAAAAGAGGGGAAGCAGUCACACUGAACUGCACCACAAGCUGCACUAUCCACCAACUGGAGGUCACCUGGUUCAGAGAUGGCCACGCCCUCUCAGAGACUGGCCCCGCCCUCCAUCUCAGCAAUCUGACUGCAAAGAAUUCUGGUAACUACACCUGUGGUUUGAAGAAGAACAACCGCACCCUCUCCGUCCCGUAUAGCCUGCAUGUGGAGGCUGACGAGGAAGGAGGAGGAGGAGGUCUGCUUCAGAUCGUUCGUCUGGUGGUCGGGGUCCUGCUGGUUCUCUUCGCUGUUAUUCUGGUCGUCUGCAUCAGCAAAAGGAAGAGAGCAGCAGGUCUGGAUCAGACAGCCGUGGGACGGGACGGGGAACAAGAGCACUCUGAUAACAUCUACAGCAACGACUUCCUGCAGCUUGCUGAGCAGCAGGGACCCAGCAGCGCUGUGGAGGAAGUCAGCUACGCCUCGGUCCAGUUCACACCCAAGAAGCAGGCCAGACCGGUGGAGGAGGUGGAGGACUCCAUCAUCUACAGCUCUGUAGCCAGAACAGGCUGAAGACAAACCACACCAUGAUGGCAGAUCAUGUUUUUUUUAAAUUUUAAAUUU